AACCUUAUUUUAUAUAACUUACCCACAAUUUUAAUUUUUUUCUUGUAGAAGUUGUGUCUGGUUCUGAUUCCCCCCCACAUUUCAGUGACAGAUGACACUGGGGAAAUGGGAUGAUGUGAAGUUUAAUGAAAAACUUGCAAAAAAACAAAAAUACUUUAUCCAAACAUUAUUUUGGUUGUUUAGCACAUUUGGUUAUACUUAUUGUAGUUAAUGUCCAUAUAGCUAUUGUCCAUUAAUGAAACUUAUUGUCCAUCAGUGACACAUCUAGAUUGUGUCCAAUGUGUAUACACAGACAAUUUGUUGUUGUGUACAAUCUUAGUGAUGUUAAAAAAAGACAAUUUCUGUAAACCAACACUGAAAAAGUAAGCAAGUUCAGUGAUUGGACAAUAGAGGUUUACGCCUUGUGGACCAAUGAACGUAAAGCAGCUUUGCUAUAUAAACUCUGAUGGCGCCGCUGCCUUACAUUCUUCGAUUCAACGAGAAUACAGAAACCACAAUGUCAGGACGCGGGAAAACAGGCGGCAAAGCUAGAGCGAAGGCAAAGAGCCGCUCUUCUCGGGCCGGGCUUCAGUUCCCCGUGGGUCGAGUCCACAGGCUGCUGAGGAAGGGAAACUACGCUGAGCGAGUGGGCGCCGGAGCUCCCGUGUAUCUGGCCGCCGUGCUCGAGUAUCUGACCGCUGAGAUCCUGGAGCUGGCCGGAAACGCCGCCCGCGACAACAAGAAGACCAGGAUCAUCCCCCGACAUCUGCAGCUGGCCGUCCGCAACGACGAGGAGCUCAACAAGCUGCUGGGGAGAGUCACCAUCGCUCAGGGCGGCGUGCUGCCCAACAUCCAGGCGGUGCUGCUGCCCAAGAAGACCGAGAAGGCCAAGUAAAGACCAGGAUAUUCAUCCAAAAACCAACGGCUCUUCUCAGAGCCCACACAAUGUCUGAGAGCAACGUUCUUCAAAUGCAUUCUUUUAACACGAGAGCUUUUAGUGUAGUUUCUCACAGACCCGAACCCAUCGUGAACCCCCAACAAAGUCCCAGUUUUAAUCUUUACAAUUGCCUUUCUGGGAAAAUAGCUUUAUUUGGGAUACUCUAAUAACCUGUGACAGUUUGCAUGUUUAAGAUUUAUGACUUGUACUUUUGACACCAGCACACACUAGUUCCUUUCAAAAUGAAACUGUCAAGGCGGUCAUGUACAAUGUUUCAGCAUUAGCCUUUUGGUGUACUUUAUUUUUUUUAUAUCACUACAAAAAAUAUUAGAAUCUUUAAAAAAAGAAACUCAAAGCAUUUAGAAUAACCCGAGGUUUUUACUGAAAACACACAACUCAAGUCAUUUGAACUACAUCUGUUCAACCAUUUUGGUGUAAUAAUUUACCAAAAUAAGAUUUUGAGACUUAUUUGACUAUUAAAAACACAAAUGUAAACAAGUGCAGAUUUUUUUGUAAAUUAAG